GAACGGAAGGAAGAAGGAGUUCCGACGCCCGCCAUUCCCUCUGGGACCUGGGAAGCCUCCCCCUUCUGAGCCGGAGGUGGAAUUUCAACCAGAGUUCCGGUCUUUGCUUCUGAGACAGAAACUCAGAGAAAAGCGACUGAGAAAUGGUUCCUUCUCUGGUAAAUGUGCCCCAGGGUCCGUUGACGUUCAGGGAUGUGACUGUGGACCUCUCCCAGGAGGAAUGGGAAUGUCUGGACUCCGCUCAGAGAGCUUUGUACAUGGAUGUGAUGUUAGAGAAUUACAGCAAUCUAGUCUUUGUAGAAAACCACCGCAUAUAUGGAAAAUAUGAAAAAUCCCUCUUUCAAGGCCCAAAGCAUAUUAUCUGUCCGCAUGUGAAUAUCCAAGAGAAGUCUUAUAAAUGUAAUGAGCCUGGCAAACUGAUUCAUGAAUCUUCCCAGUGUAUACCUCAUGACACAAGUGAUACUGCAGGAGGCUACAAUCAGUACAGAAGUGGUAAGCACAAUGAUGCUUCUAUUGACUCCGCAACAAUAAGCAGACGUAAAAGUAGAGACUCCAGAGACAAACCUUACAAGUUUAAAGACUGUGUAAACUGUUCAAGUUUGUUUCCCAUCAUCAGUCAAAAUCAAAGAAUCUGCUCAACCCUCAGUACUCACCAGAGAAAUUCCCAAGAGAAACUCCACAGAUGUAAAGCUUGUGGCAAGUGCUUUUAUCAGCUACCUCAGGUUAAAUACCAUUUCAAAACCCAUACUGGAGAGAGACCUUAUAAAUGCAGUGAAUGUCACAAAUGCUUUAGCCAGCUCACACACCUGAGAAGCCACCAGACAAUUCAUACAGGGGAGAAACAUUACAAAUGUAACGAAUGUGGCAAAAGCUUUAGCCGGCUGACAUACCUGAGAACCCAUCAGAGAAUUCAUACAGGAGAAAAGCCUUAUCAAUGUAGUGAAUGUGACAAAUGCUUCAUCCAGAAGGCCCAACUUACAAUACAUCAGAGAAUUCAUACGGGAGAAAAACCUUACAAAUGCAGUGAAUGUGGGAAAUUCUUUACCUGUUGCUCAGGCCUUAGAAAACAUCAGAGAAUUCAUACAGGAGAGAAACCUUACAAAUGCAGUGAAUGUAAGAAAUCCUUUACCAGUGGCUCAGAUCUUCGAAGACAUCAGAAAAUUCAUACUGGAGAGAAACCUUACAAAUGCAGUGUUUGUGACAAAUGCUUUAUUCAGAAAGUCCAACUUAGAAUACAUCAGAGAAUUCAUACAGGGGAGGAGCCUUACAAGUGCAGUGAAUGUGUUAAGGUCUUUACCCACCUCUCAGGUCUAAGAAAGCAUCAGAAAACUCAUAGUAGGGAAGUCUCCAUUAGUAAAUAAUGUGGCAAGUGCUUUAUCCAAGUUCUGUUCUUAGGAACCAUUGCAGGAUCCACAGUAAAGAAUCAUUAUGAACAUGAGAAACUUCUGAAUUCCUGUAAGUAAUGUUCAAAUCUUAGAAAACAACAAGGAAAAAUUAUUAAAAUGUUACAGUGUGGGAAAUUUUUCAUUAAAACAUUCUGUCUUUUCAACCUGAAAUACUUCAUAAUAAAGACAAUAUGGAAAGGCCUGAAGAAUGUGCUGUUCUGUAGCAGUUUCCUGAAGACAAGAUGAUUAAGACAGGAAAUAAAAACCCCAAAAAUGA